AUGAAGAGGGAGGUGAAACAAAAAGCUGGGCUUACGAAUCCCAAUGAAAGGAUGGGGAACUGUCUCCGAAGAGGAUUCAGCUGGCCAAAGGACACCCAAGAGGAGUACAAGAAGCCGAAAACUGGAAAACUAAAACAGAAAAAGUCCAGACAAGUAAUAAAGAGAAGAAAGAAAGAGUUCCACAAGGAAAGUGAAGAAAUUUCACCUUCUUACCAUCAGGGAAGCCAUGAAGACCAUGCAAAGGAGCCGCUCUAUGCCUUCAUCGUGCACGUGCCUGAAAGAACGCCUUCCAUAAACUCCACGGAGGCUGACUAUGAGAAUGUUGGCCCCAAAGAUAAGAGGACCAAACAGCUGGCUCCUGGGCCUGAGACUGAAUACGCUGUCCUUAGGGUCCCUUCUAACCCCCGGCCUUCCGGCAGCAUCCAGGACGAGGAAUAUGAACUUAUCAUGCAUUGCCCAUCCCCGUUACCCAUCCCACUUCAACCUGAUGAAUUCGGGGAAUCUGAAUAUAUAGAAAACUCCAAGAAAUGGAAAAGAAGGUAA